AUGCCUUCCUCCUCCUCGUCCUCCGUCCAAAUCCUUGACCCCAUCCCGGCGCGCGCCUCGGCCACCACCCCCGUCGACACCAGCGACAGCGACGAUGACGGCAGCUGCUUCGGCGGCGGGGCCGGAACCGCGCCCCCGUGGCCCGCGGCCGGGCGCAUCGCCUCGUCCUUCCGGAGCCAGAAGGCGCUCGACGCCCUCUGCAAGAAGCACGGCGUCGACACGAGGGAGUUCGCCCCGUUCCCCGCCGGCGGCCGGCGCGCGUGCUCGCCCCCGCCCGCGGGCGCCGUCUGCGUGUACGCGGACGCGCUGGAGGCCGGGAUGCGCGUCCCGCUGCACCCCUUCUUCGGCGAGGUGCUCUCACACUUCGGCCUCGCGCCGAGCCAGCUCGCGCCCAACUGCUGGCGCGUCAUGGCGGCCUUCGUCGCGCUCUCCCGCGCAGCCGGCGCGCGCCCGCCGUCGGUCGCCGUGUUCCGGCACUUCUUCGCGCUGCGCGCGCUGAAGCUUAAGGGCCUGUACUGUUUCUCGUCCAAGGAGACCGCCGGCGGUGUGUUCUUCACGGGGUUGCCGGAUUCCAUCAAGGGGUGGAAGGAGGGGUUUUUCUUCCUCAAGUCGGCGGCGCCGUGGCCGUGCCCCGUGCUCUGGGGCGAGCCGACCAAGAAAUCCACUGCCGAUCCGAUGCUCACCAGCGAGGAGAAGGACAUGGUGGAAAAACUGCUGCGCGUGCGCGGCGCCGCCGCGAUCGAUAUCCGGACUUACAUCAGCGAUGAUGGCAAUGUCGCCGCGGCAACGACGACCCCUUGCGCACCGAAACCGCCACCACCAUCGCCUCCCACUACACGCCAUACUAGUGGUGCCAAAGGGAUGGAUCCAUCCAUCUAUGACAUGAUGCAGAACAUGCGGGCAGAGAAGGCGGCCGCGGAGGCUGCGGCGGCGCCGAAGGUGGCCGUGAAGAGCGAGCCCGGCGGCAGCGGCACGCCGUCGACCUGGAAGAAGAGGAAGAUGCCGGAGGAGGACAACGCCAAGGAGGGCUUCUUCGCGCGCCAGGACCGCAAGCCACAGCACGCGCCGGACAGACACGACGGCGACACGGUCGACUGGGAGGCGGCGCGGCAGCUUCUUCAGAGCAUCGUCACGCCGGCGCGGGAGCGCGCGUUCCUGGUGGCGAACCCCUUCAACGUCAUCGCGUCGAGCUACGUGGCGACGCUCCAGGCGGCGAACUACGCGACGGCCUCGUUCGGGCACGCGCUGAAGCUCCAGGAGGAGCUGGAGAAGGCGAAGGCGGAGCUCGCCGAGGCGAAGAAGGCGACGGCGGCGGAGGUGGAGAGCGCCAGGGCGGCGGCGGUGCAGGAGUUCCUGGGCUCCAAGGAGCACGAGCGCCGGCUGGUGGAGGAGGCGCUCAAGGGGUACGAGCGUGGCAUGGAGGACAUGAAGCGCGUCGCGCUCGGCCUCCGCCCUGACAUCGACCCGGCUCGGUUGUUCGUGCCACCUGGUGGCUUCCGGUAGGCGGCGAUGGGGAUGGUCGCCGGCUCGACGGCAGGAACAGCUCGUCUUUUGGAUCCGCUCUUGACAUGGUGAUCUGCUUUUGGAACCAAAUCGU